UGUCAUGGCGCCGAUGUGGACGAAUCACGCAUAUCGGCUUGUGAAAAACUGAUUACUUAGACCCAUAUCACAAUAAUGAUGACCUUACGGAGUAAACUGUAACAUAGAUUGUUAACUUUUGGAAUCUCCAUCAUGAGUCAGAGACGAUGGGAGUUACCUCCUAGAUGGCUACACUGUCCAAGGAAGGGUCAGCCUAUUGCAGGCAAGUUUCUCCCACUCAAGACACCACUGGACUCAAAGUAUGAUGAUCAAAUCCCUGAUGAAAAUGUAUUCAACAUACAGAUGCUUUUCCUUUCUCUCAAAACAUUCAAGACAAAGAUGGGGCUACUGAUCGACCUGACCAACACAACUAGGUUCUAUGACAAUAAGGAGGUUGAUGCACAGGACUGUAAAUACCUCAAGCUACAAUGUAAAGGUCGAUCAGAGACUCCCACUGUGGAGCAAACACAAGCUUUCUUGGAAGUGUGUCACAGAUUUUUAUCACAGAAACCUCUGGAAAUUAUUGGUGUCCACUGUACUCACGGCUUCAACAGGACUGGCUUCAUGUUGGUGGCGUACCUGGUGGAGAAGAUGUCAUGGAGUGUAGAGGCAGCUGUUCGAGCUUUUGCACAGGCACGCCCCCCUGGCAUCUACAAGCAAGACUACUUGAAUGAACUGUUUGAGCGUUAUGGAGACAAGGAGGACACACCCUCUGCCCCACCCCUCCCUGACUGGUGUUUGGAAUAUGACGACAGUGUUGAUGAUGAUGGGAAUAGCAUGAACAAUCAGUCAGAAACCUCCAGACAGAACGGUUCUGGCAAACGAAGACGAGAAUUCAACAAAAAGGAUGCCAAGUUUAUGGAGGGUGUGUCAGGGGUGUUGCAUGUGACGAUGCAGCCACGGCUGUCACAGAUACAGCAGAAUGUCCAGCGGAUGUGUGACUGGUCAAGUAACGGAUUUCCUGGCUCCCAGCCUGUGUCAAUGGACAUCAACAACCUUGACUUCAUUAGGAAGAAACCAUACAAGGUCAGCUGGAAGGCAGACGGAACAAGGUACAUGAUGUUCAUUGAUGGUGUAGAUGAAGUGUUUAUGGUGGAUCGAGACAAUGCAGUGUUUCAUGUGCCUCACCUACAGUUCCCCAAGAGGAAGGACCUUAACGCACAUUUGAGGGAAACAUUACUGGAUGGGGAGAUGAUUUUAGACAAGGUAGAGGACAAGACUGUGCCAAGAUAUCUUGUAUAUGAUAUCAUUAAAUUUGAGGGUCAAGAUGUUGGAAAGACAGAUUUUGACCGGCGAUUGUUAUGCAUACAGAAGGAAAUAAUUAGUCCACGACAUGCAAAGAUACAACAGGGCAUGCUGGACAAGACUAAGGAGCCAUUUAGUGUGAGAGCCAAGCCGUCUCAGCCAAGAUUGGGAUGUGACCAUGUGGUAUGCUGGGAGCUCCUUGAUGGGAAAUUCACCAAGGAAGUGAGCCAUGAAGUUGAUGGUUUGGUGUUCCAGCCUGGAUCUGAUCCAUACAACCCUGGUAGAUGUCAUGACGUUCUCAAGUGGAAGCCCCCAAGCAUGAACUCUGUUGAUUUCCGGUUGAAAAUAGUCAAAGAAAACAGACCAGGAAUGCUGCCUGAAACUAAAGGCUACCUGUACGUGGGCAGCUUAGACCAGCCAUUCUCAGCCAUGAAGCUGAACAAAGAACUGAAAAGUUUGGACAACAAAAUCAUUGAGUGUUCCUGGGAUGGAAAAGAAUGGAAGUUCAUGCGCCAGAGAACUGACAAAUCUUUCCCUAAUGCAUACAGCACAGCCAUGGGUGUCUGUGAGAGUAUUCGUAGGCCGGUGACAAAAGAAAUCUUGAUACACACCAUAGAGAGAGAGAGGUGGACACCCCCGGGGUCAGGCCAUUCCUCGGACAGAGACUUGAUGCCCCCUCCUGCCAAGAUGCCCAGACACUGAUAUGAACUGUGAUUUGUGUCUGGGUGGAUGUGUGUGUUUACUGUGUCAAAUAACAACAAUGUGCAACUGGUGAAUCACUUCAGUGGAGUGUGACUGUCACAACAAAUGAUGGUGGGCGGUCUGGUCAUGGAGAAUUAUUAGGCACCAACCACAGCUUGUGCCGACCAGUUCAGAGAUGAAAUGCCCACCAAGAACAUGCUAGUGAAGGAUCAGCAGAAUGUGACAGUACAAGCAGUGUGUAACUAAGUCAUCUUGGCUCUUUGGACUUGGACCUAACAGUCCGUAGUCAGCUGUCUCCUCUGAUGAUGCACUGACAUAGAAGUAAACUGUGUUUCCCAUGGGCCUAGACUGAUAAAAUCAGUCAUCUAGGAUCUGUUUCUACAAUAACAUGAUAAUUAUUAUGUGUGGGUAGUCACGAAGGAAUAACAACCUGCUGAAACAAUGGUCAUAACACACCUUAUUGGUGUUACUUGAUGUAAUGUUCAACAAAGUGUAUCUUUAAUCCUUCCCAGUGCUGUUAUCUUGUAUGGGUUCUCCAAGCUGUUCUUUAAAGUGUUGGAAACAACUUUAUUCUGUGUAGGAUGAAGUUAUUUGCACAGUUCCCAGCUCUCUCUCAUCUGUUGUGUCCAAUAUGUUUAAUGUUAAAACCACUGCCAUGUUCACUGCUGCCACGUGUCUCCUAAUGUGUGUAGACAGGAGGGAAAUACCUUUCAGUGUGUAGUUUGAUUUUAGACAAUGCCAAGAUGAGGUGAAAGUCAUUUUGUGUACAUAUUAGUUUACCAGAUGUUGUAUGUAUUAUAUUCAUCUGUACAUUGACUUUGGUUUCCUAACAUUGGUAGGACAGUUGAUUCAUGAAGAUACUGCUUUAGAUGAUCCUUUUGUUGGAUCCCAAACACGA